CGUCAACUUUCACCCAGGAUAUCUAUCUCCAGACUUCCCCUUAGCAACUGAGUGGCGGCACUUGGUUCCCCAGCAACAGAGAGACCUUUUUGCUGCUGAGAAUCAGUCCUGUUCCUAGUACUGAGAAGGGAAAUACAGAUCUGUUCUCUGUGAGGAGGAUACUUGACUUAUAGGUAAGAUGAACCGCAUCUAUAACUCAGUGGAGCCGAGAGUGAUGGAUGACGACAUGCUCAAACUGGCAGUAGGGGAACAGGGUCCCCAGGAGGAGGCCGGGCAGUUGGCCAAGCAGGAAGGCAUCCUCUUCAAAGAUGUCCUGUCUCUGCAGCUCGACUUCCAGAACAUCCUCCGCAUAGACAAUCUCUGGCAGUUCGAGAACCUGAAGAAGCUGCAACUGGACAACAACAUCAUUGAGAGGAUUGAGGGCCUGGAGAACCUCACGCAGCUGGUCUGGCUGGACCUGUCCUUCAACAACAUCAAGGUUAUCGAGGGGCUGGACACCCUGGUGAACCUGGAGGACCUGAGUUUGUUCAACAACCGGAUCUCUAAGAUUGAGUCUCUGGAUGCACUGGUCAAGCUUCAGGUGCUGUCACUGGGAAACAACCAGAUUGACAACAUGGUGAAUAUCAUCUACCUGCGGCAGUUCAAGUGCCUUCGGACACUCAGCCUCUCAGGGAACCCCAUUACCCAGGCAGAGGAUUACAAGAUAUUCAUCUGUGCCUACCUUCCUGACCUUGUGUACCUGGACUUCAGACGCAUCGAUGACCACAUGAAAUAUCUGGCGGAAACGAAGUACCAGUAUACCAUUGAUGAGUUGAAGCACCAAGAGCACGUGAGGCAGACCAAGCUAGAGGAGAAACAGGCUCAGCAAGCCAAACUGGAAGAGCACAAGAUGGCAUUUGUUGAACACCUGAACGGUUCCUUCCUGUUUGACAGCAUGUACACUGAAGAUAUGGAGGGCAACAAACUGUCCUGUCUGCCCAUCGUGGGUGAGCUCCUCGAAGUCUACAGAGACAAGUUUGUCAUCAUCUGCCUGAAUAUUUUUGAGUAUGGCCUGAAACAGCAUGAGAAACGGAAAUUAGAGCUGGAUACCUUCCAUGAGUGUGUCCAGGAGGCUAUCCAGGAAAACCAGGAGCAGGGCAAACUGCAGAUCGCCAGCUUUGAAGAGAAGCACCUGCUGAAUCUAAGUGCCAUUCGAGAAGAAUCUGACCUGCCUAGCAUCGAGAAGAAGAUAGUGGAAUGCAGUGAAAACAUCACAGAGCUGUUCAAUGUGCUCAUGACACUGGAGAUGCAGCUGGUAGAACAGCUGGAGCUGAGAUGGGAUGGACCUCUGUGGGUCAGGAGAUGUCACCCUGCACUGUCCUGGCUUUGCUUAACUCUUUAUUGCACGAUGGCUCAGUGUCGAGACCUGGAGAACCACCACCAUGAGAAACUCUUGGAGAUCUCCAUCAGCACCCUUGAAAAGAUCAUCAAAGGCGAGCUAGACGAGGAACUACCUGAUGAUGUGCGUACACUUUUUGUUGACAAAGACACGAUUGUUAAUGCUGUUGGGGCAUCACAUGACAUCCACCUCCUGAAGAUUGAUAAUAGGGAAGAUGAGCUGGUGACCAGGAUCAACUCUUGGUGUACACAUUUAGUAGACAAGAUUCACAAGGAUGAGAUCAUGAGGAACCGCAAGCGAGUGAAGGAGAUCAAUCAGUACAUCGACCACAUGCAGAGUGAGCUGGACAACCUGGAAUGCGGUGAUAUGGAUUAGGUGCAUGUCAGCCAGAAGGUCCCUUUCCAAAUGUAGUAUGAGCUCCUACUCACUGGCUGCCUCAGGAGAGAAUUACUGGCACGUCCUCAACCCGUGUCUCCCAAAACACCAUUCUUCCCUUAUUCACCCUGGAGAAAGUUCCAAAUGUGAAGUAAAAAAAAAAAAGGAAGAAAAAAAUGAGAAUGUACAUCCAUGUAUGAACAGAAGAAAAGAUGAAGAGAAACAGCAGGUCCCUGGCCAGUCAAAGGGCCGGAACUCAGCUGGAAGUAUCUGUGGCCAAAUAUGGGCAGGGCUGUUCCUUAGUCAUGCCUAGGGCAGGCUGCAGGGCCCAACCCUUCCCUCCUCUGGGUGCUGAGGACCUAUAAGCAGAAGAGGUUGUAACUGGCACUAUGAUGCAGGGGUCUGCCCUCCAAGGCAGAGGUUGUGGCCAACUUUGGCUUACAGCUGGCUGCAGGGACCUGAGUCUGCUCCAGAAGUUAAGGAUGCAGUUUGGGGAUCCCAACUUUGAGAGUAACUCCUCAAGAGUUAGGGGAUUCAAGAAGACAGAGAAUGGGAAGUGUGGAAAAGGUACGUGGUAUGGGGUUAGUGCCCCAUAAGUGGAAUGAUGCCAUCUUAUUACUCAGGUGUGGAGGGCAUGGACCUCAGGAAGCCUUUGCUAGCUAGGUGUGUUGGUGCACACUUGUAAUCUCAGCACUCUGAGCAGAUCCAACCUGGGCAAGUUAGUGAGAUUGUUUCAAACAUUUAAAAAGGGCUACAGACAUAGCUCAGUGUGAAGGCCCUGGGUUCAAUCCCUAGUACUGCCAAAGAACCACUCUCCCACUGCCUUUUCAAUGAGUCUGGCACCAGCAAGCAGCACCUAACUGCCAGGAUAGUGGAGAUGGCCAUGCUGGAAGGAGUCUCAGGUCUCCUGAGUGGAAGAUGAAUAGAAAUGUGCAUGUAUUAGCUUCAAUCACUACAGCAAAUACUUGACAUAUCAACUUGUAAAGGGAAAAAAAAAUCAGCUCACACUUUCAGGGGGUUCAGUCCAUGACCAGGUAUAACCCUGCUGAUUUAGAGACUGGUGAGGUACACAUCAUGAUGAGAGUAUGUAGUGAAGCAGGACGGCACACCUCAUGGCCAGAAAGUUAAAUAGAGCAAGAAGAGGGUACAGUCCUAUAAUCUCCUUUGAGGUUAUAUCCCAAAUCACCUAGAAACCUCCCACACGGCCUUACCUCUUACAAGGUUUCAGUACCUCCCAACAGCACCACUGUGGGGAACAAACAUUUAGAUUCCAGAUCCAAAUUAUAGCAAUACAUUUUAGGUGACCUUGACAGGCCUGCCAGGGCUUUUACAACAGAAAAAAACUCGUAUUUUCUAUUUUCAAGAGUAAUUCAUUUUUUCCUAGAAUAGUAGGAACAAACAAACAAUCAGCUUAGGCCAAGGACUCACUUUCAAAAGAUUGUUUGAUGAAAAACCAGGGAAAAAAGCUGUUCAGGCAGAGGAUAAAGACAGAAAUAGAGUUGUCUGUUGGUGACAUUAUUGUUUCCCCAGCAU